AUGGCGAGCCCACAGGAAAUGCAGCCUACUGUCGAGGACUGCUACUCGGAUGACAGCGAAGGCGGCUCUAUUCCUUUCCAGGGCCGGCGCUCGCCCAAUGCCGCUAACGUCUCCACCAAGCGCUCGCACCCAUCCGACUUGGAUAAAGAAAUGCCGCCCGCUCAGGAGAGGGUGCCGACCAACCUCGACCUUCGCUCCGACUCAGGGUACAGCAGCUACACCACCGCCACCGUCAGCAGCACUAAUUCCGCUCAAAGUGCUCCUCCCCAGCGCAGCCCGCCCCAGGUGCCUGCUGCCCCAGUUCCUCCCCAGCAAGAGGCACCAAAGCCCCGACGACGCCCUACCGUCUCAGAAACGUCAAAGACUUCUUCCAAGACUUCAUCAUCACGACCCAAGUCAAUCUCGCGCACCGCCUCGACCUCUUCCAAACCCCCCGCCAUCAUCCAACAACGUGAACGCAGGCCGACCAUUACCCAGGACUCUCGCCCGGACCGCAGAGAUCGUCGUGAUAGCAGAGUCGAACCGGAAUGUGCCGACCCCAGGCGCACCAAGUACGACCCCAACGCGCCUGCCCCAGCUCCCCGUCGUCGUCCUGACGUUCGCCCUGACAUAUACCCGUCUCAAUCCGCUCGCGACGUGAAUCGUCCUUCCCAAGAAGACACCCGCUCAAUGCGUUCUGAUCCCACUCCCUCUCCCUACUACCCGGCUCCAUCCUCUCCGACGUACCAUCGCCAGUCCUACUACGGGCAUGGAGCCGCCGUCAUCCAGCCAGCCACGACACGUCGUCGCCCGUCAGUCUCUCGACCGGUUAGCUUCAGUGGUGAGCCUGGGCCCCAGUACCACUGGACUCAAGGAGCGCCUGGAUACCAGCCACAAGAACAUGGCCCGCCUCCUUCUCAGUCCGCGCUUUACCGUCAAGGUUACCCAGGUCCGAUGGGUCCUCCACACAUUCCCUAUUCGACGGCAUCUGGCUAUCCCCCUCCAUACGGCUACCAGAUGCCUCAACAGCCUUACGACGGCAUGCAAAGGCCAGGCAUGACACACCGCAAUUCAACCAAUCUCGCACGCAAUGGACCCGCACCUCCACCUGUCAUCGACCAAGCCCCACGUGAUCAGUACUCGGCAAGGCGUGGCCAGCCUCAGAGCGCCACACAGCCCAGGUUUCCACCCCAGAAGCAGCUCCAGGGCGAAGCCUACGAAAGCUAUAGCGGAUCCGAGACUGGAUCGUCUGACGAAGAGGAUGCCUAUGAGCCUGAACCUCAGCCCGACGAUCCUUAUGCCCACCGCGCGCUCAUGCCCCCUCCUACUCAAAAGCUGGAGCGGACCAAGUCCAAAGCGAAGCCUAAGAGCAAGACCAAGAAGCUGUCGCGUCCAUCCAUGUCCCACGCUUAUACCACCUCGGACCUCGAUCAAGUUCGUGCUGACCGCCGCAAGUCGCAGCCUGUCAUUGUCAACGACGACCGCACCACCAGCCGUCACCGUACUACCAAGAGCACAAACGAACCGUCUCGCCGACAGUCAGUCAGCCGACCCCCUCCCCCGCCGCGCGAAAUUCAAACCGAAUAUCCCGCCAGGGGUGGUCAGGUCUAUGUGCACGACAGCACCAAGGCUGAGCGACGUCGAUCAGCUCAUUACGGCAAGUCUUACAAGGAUAAAUACGCAGAGUAUGCUGAGGCUAGGCAAUAUGAGGAUCGCCUCGCAGCUGAAGCCACCGCCAAAGCUGAAGGCAGGGCUAGACGCGAAGCCAGAGAACUUGAAGCGCGAUACCAGGCUGAGCAGGAGCGCAAACGGGAAAAGCGCAGCUCAAAGGUCUAUUACCAGCCCCCCGCUGCGUUCGACGAUAGCGAGGAGGAGUAUGAGUCCGAUGUCCCGGUCGUCCCCGAAGCACCCGCUCCUCCCCCCCGCCGCCGUCCUACUGACGUGGAUGGUCGCAAGGUCAAAGAUCGUGUCCCACAGAAGGCCAGGCGAGAUGAGAUGAAGGCGCUAGAGUACAUCAACAACCAACGCGGUACUGAUGUUCCACUGAACGACCACAUCCACAGCGCUGCAAAGAGGGCCUCGAGGGUACCAUCAAUCCCUUCUCAUUCUGGCUCCUCUGGAAGCGAUAGGCACACUGCCGUUACCAGCAACGGUGGCAACGAGAUCCGCCUCAGAGUAGACGCAAAUGCCCCACUCAGCCUGCAGUUCAACGGCGACAUGGAGGGUCGCACCAUGCAACUUAUCCCAGGUGAGGACGGCAUGGCAGAACUCGUCAUCAGUGGAAAUCGCGAUAAUGAGAGCGCAUACCAUGGCAGCGAAAGAGACAGCAUUUCAGGUGACAGAAAGGCAUUGGUAACGCGGAGACAAGCAGAGGAGAUGACUGAAGGCAGUACACGCAGCCACCGUGUUAGGCGCGAAAGCCGAGUAGUACGAGAUUCACGUGACGAUCGGAUUGAGGUUCAGCGACCACUGCGUCGCCGCGCCAAUUCCCAUUAUGUUAACUGA